AUGACAAUUUAUAACUUACUAUUGGUAUAUGCUCCUGGUGGUAGUCUUGCAGACUUGAUUAACAAAUAUGGGGGAAAAAUACCUGAAUGUGAUGUGAGGCGAUACACUCAGAUGAUUCUUAAAGGGUUAUCAUCCAUACAUAAUAAUGGAUAUGUUCAUUGUGACCUUAAGCCUGCCAAUAUCCUUGUUUUCCCUUUUGAUCAACAAGAUUUUCAGCUCAAGAUUGCGGAUUUUGGCUUGGCAAAAGAGCCUGAUGAAGACAAUUCAAGGAAAUUCUUUUACCAGUACACUUUCCGUGGAACUCCCUUGUACAUGUCUCUUGAAUCUGUAAAGCUUGCUGAGAUAUCAACAGCUUUGGAUAUUUGGUCUCUGGGUUGCAUUAUUAUUGAGAUGAUCACAGGAAAGCCACCAUGGCAUGAAUUGGAUGUAGAAGAUUUCUUAGUUCGCCUAGCUUUUGAGGGUAGCUCACCUGAGAUACCAGCAAGCAUGUCAAAGAAAGGGAAAGAUUUCUUAAGAAUGUGUUUCAUGAGACCCCAUUGCGAGAGGUGGACAGCAGAUAUGCUAUUGGAUCAUCCUUUUAUUGUUGAUGAAGAGCUUACUUCACCAUUUGAGUAG